UUGUUUCAGAUAUUUGGCUACUGGGAGUAGCUUUGUCGAUCUGGCACAGCAAUUUUACAGAGGUAAAAGUACAAUUGGUAAAAUUGUGCGUUCAACGUGUAAUGCUAUUUGGACAGUUUUGCAACCAAUAUACAUGCCAAUGUCAAAUGAAGAAAUGUGGUGAGAAAAAGCUAAGCGCUACUUUGAGCUUUGGAAUCUGCCGAAUUGCAUCGGGUCAAUUGACGGCAAACACAUUCGAAUUAAGUGCUUUAAGGACACAGGAUCAAGAAACAUAAACUACAAAGGUUUUUUUUCGGUAGUACUCAUGGCUAUGGCAGAUGCAGACGGUAUUUUUACUUUAGUUGAUGUUGGUGACAUAGGACGGAAUAGUGACGGAUCAGUUUUCCGUAAUUCAUCAAUUGGAAAGAGACUGAAACGAGGUGGACUCAAUGUUCCUAGCCCCAAUUGUUUACCUGGAAGUAGAAAUCAAGAGGCAUUCCCAUACUAUUGUGUUGCUGAUGAAGCUUUCCCUUUACUACCGACCCUACUACGGCCUUUUCCAAAGAAAGUUUUAAAUGACGUUAAAAAUAUUUUCAACUUUCGUCUCUCAAGAGGAAGAAAAAGUGUGGAGUGCGCUUUUGGAAUGUUAACCUCCAAGUUUCGUGUGUUUGAGGUACCGAUGGCUUGUGAUGAAACGUGCGUUAUCGCAGUAGUGAAAGCAGCGUGUGUUCUUCAUAAUUUUAUUCGCCUUCGAGAGGGUAAAAAAUAUCAACCUUCAAAUUUUAAUGUUACACAAGUUUUACCAGAAAUUCCAGAUGGUAGUGUACUACAACCGUCAACAACUCAGACCCCAGCUGUUCGCCUACAUAGAUAUAUAUAGACCAAUAGACUUGGUAACUAUUUUCUACAGCCAGAAGGAGCAAUUCCUAUUCAAUGGAAAUACAUAGGUUUGCCAUAAAUAAUAUUUAAAAAAUUAUGUUCACGUAUUUUUAUUUAAAAAAAUUAAAUUUAACCCUUUGAUGUACAAGAUGUUGUUUUUGAUUUUUUUUUAAAUUUUAACGUAGUUUUCCUAUAAUUAAUAGCGUUAUAAAUUUAUAAUUACUAUUUCGAUAAUGCGUUUGGGCGUCCAAAGGCUUGCAUAAUUAAGCAGUUUUGAUGUGUGGGAUUUGGGUAACAACAAUCACUCACAAUUUGAUUUAGUUAAAAUAGCCACUAUAUUAUAAAAAUAUGUAUAUACAAAUAUUGAAAAUAUUGAAACGCGUUACACUGCGGAGGAGUUCACGGUGUGUCGCGGAUUGUAUUCACGGACUGAUUGACUGGUCGUCCGACCAGCCGGUAUAUAUAUGUUACGGUGAAUGAUGUAAACGUGAUAAAAGACGUCAUUCCCCGGUAAAUGACAUCAUUUACCUAAAAAUUGGUAAACGUUGUAAAUGCAGACAUUCACCGGUUAUUGUCGUCAAUCACCAGUUUAAUUGGAGAAUGAUGUUUAAUACUUUUAUGUCGGUGUGAACGAUCAGCUUCAUUAGUUAAAAAUAUCAUGAUGGAAGUAGAUAGAUAAACGAAAAUCCCAACUAGAAAUAACGUCGAUAACCCGAGUAAUGAUAUGAGAUAAUCUUUUAGUUUAUUAGUAUCGACGGGUAUAUUAUAGCGAGUUGUAUUUGCUACGAAUGUGUGUUUUAUAUUAUUUGUAAAAAUUUGUGUCACCAGUGAACAAAAUAUAAUAAAAGUUAGAUUCAAUUUUAGUGUUUAAGUAUGCAGAACAAAUUUAAAGCCUAAAAAAAUUUUCAAAGCUUGAUGUCGCGACAUGUCGGUACAACUGUUCGUGUCCCAAUACCAGAUGUUGAGAGAGCACGAGGUUCUCCGCGUAAUUUACUUGCUGUUAUUAUGUCAUAGUAACCAAAAUUGUACAAAUAAAUAAUUUGUAAUAUGCGCGUAUUUUAUUAUUUUUUUAUUUUAACAAUAAAUCAUUAUUAUAAAUAGUGCCUAUAGUAAAAAAAUCAGUGUAUUAUUUGAGAUUUAUCAUCAUUUACCACUAUUUUUGGUAAAUGACAUCAAUAACCGGUGAAAGAUGUAAAGAGUUUUUCUUACCUGUGUCAUUAAGCUUCUUCGCUAUCUCACGCCAUGCCAAGCCUGUUAUAUCAGUCCUUGAAUAAGUUUUCAAAGAAUAGUUCCAUAAACAUGGAUUUUGUUCAAUUAAUUUUACAAAAGAAAUAGCAGCGCUGCAGUCUUCUUGUUGAGCCGACAAGCUGUGUCGCCCGCAUCGAUACGUCACCGAUAAUUAUCGGUGUCGCUUUGUAAUCGUGCCAAUGUGCAAUUGUUUUACUUAUUUACGAAGAAAUAUACGUAGUAGGCGAUACAGUUUCGAAUUGCUUAUCGCAUAGCUUAUCGUAUCACCUAUCGCAUCGCACUAGUGGACACCGCGCCUUAAAGAUGCUCAAGAUAACAUCAUAAAACUUGGAUUGGAAAACAACUUAACGUAUAUUAAGUCGAACUUUGCCAAAUUAACUUUGGCUAUUGAACAAUUACAACGGCAACAUAUGCCUUUAUCGGAUUCACUAAAAAUAGUUCAAGAUAUUCAAAAUCAUUUGAAACAUUAAGUGGUCCAAAUGGAAAAUCUGUUCAAAAUAAAUUUAAUUAGGUACAGGAAAAAAAUCGUGGUCUCUUGGCGUUGGUAAAAAUAUCACAAGUUCUAACGGGUGAAGAGACAUUCCGAAAUUUAGAUGGUCUUCCCGAAGACUUAAAUUGUAACGACUUAACAUUUUUUAAGUACGCACCCGUGACGUCUGUCGAUGUAGAGCGGUCAUUCUCGGCAUACAAAACUCUACUAUCAAAUAAUCAUAGAUCAUUCAAAUUUGAAAAUAUAAGAAAACAUCUUAUUAUUCAGUGCAAUUCUUAAGGUAAAUAAAAUUAAUACAUUAUAUUAUUCAUUUAUUAAUACAUUUUUUUAUAUGUUUAUGUAAACAGAAAAUGUUCCAGAGCCGGAAAAGUGCCUACUUCUCAAAUAUUUACUGUUCAUAUUUUAUAAUAAAAACUUGUAUAAUUUAAAAAAAUUUUUGUUAAUGAAAUUUUAUUUUGCAUAUUUUCC